GCUACAUAGGACAAACCUAAAUGAGGAGUGACUGUUGCGAUCAUUUCUUCUUCUCUAUGGUUUUUUGAAGUGAAAGCGCCUGAGUAGUCGCAUUGGUUUUUGGUGACUGCAUUUUCAUCAUUCUUGUGCAAGUUUAUUUUGAAAAUGAUGUUAGAAAUGUAACACGUUUAUUACUUAAUUUGUGCCACAGGCGUUUGUUUCCCUUUCAGCAGCAAUGACUCUCGCCGCUGAGUCGAAACUUACAUUUCCGAAAUGCUUUGGAUGGGGCGCUGCUACAGCUGCGUACCAAGUUGAAGGAGGGUGGAAUGCUGAUGGAAAAGGCCCAUCUGUCUGGGAUAUUUUCAGUCACCAGGAGGGCAAAAUAGUUAAUGAUGAAAAUGGAGAUUUAGCUUGUAACAGCUAUUAUUUCUGGGAAAAAGAUCUAAAGUGUAUUAAAGAGCUUGGGCUUACCUAUUAUCGCUUCUCCCUGUCAUGGGCACGUCUGCUACCAAAUGGGACAACAUGCAACAUCAAUAGGAAGGGUAUUGACUACUAUAACAAACUUAUCAAUGACUUACUGUCAAAUCAAGUGACGCCAGUGGUGACAUUGAAUCAUUUUGACCUUCCACAGGCCCUUGAGGAUCUGGGAGGUUGGGCGUCAGAAGAAAUAGUGAAUAUUUUUGAUGAGUAUUCUGCAUUAUGUUUUAAAACUUUUGGGGACAGAGUGAAGUUCUGGAUUACAAUAAAUGAACCUUAUGUAUACGCAGAUCUGGGUUAUGAAGUUGGUAUCCAUGCUCCAGGAUUGAAACAGCCUGGAACUUUACUUUAUCAGGUGGGUCAUAACAUGUUAAAGGCACAUGCAAAAGCCUGGCAUACCUACAACAACUUAUUUAGGAAACUACAGAAGGGAUUUGUCUCGCUGGCUUUGAAUAGUGAUUGGGCAGAACCGUAUGAUCCAAGUAGUCCACAAGAUGUUAGCAGCUGUGAACGUUAUAUGUCAUUCUCACUUGGCUGGUUUGCAAAUCCAGUAUUUAAGGAUGGAGACUAUCCAUCUGUUAUGAAAUCACAAAUUAAGGACAGAACUGAAAAGCAAGGAAUGGCGGUGUCACGGCUGCCAGAAUUUAAAGCAGAGGAAAAAAAAAUGAUUAAAGGCACUGCAGACUUUUUUGCAUUAAAUUAUUAUACAUCUCGUAAAGUGCAGCAUUCAGAAAAACCAUUGGAUGUUCAGAGCUUCCAUGCAGACAAAGAGGCAGAGGGAAUCAUGGACCCAUCUUGGCCAAUAUCUGGGGUUUCCUGGUUGGCUGUUGUUCCCUGGGGACUGAGAAAGUUGCUGAACUACAUUAAGAUCACAUAUAACAACCCAAAAAUCUACAUCACAGAAAAUGGAUUUGCUGAAAAGGAUCCUCCAUCUUUAGAAGAUGAUCAGCGGUGUGAUUUCUACAAGGAGACUUUACUUGAGAUUCUGAAAGCCAUUCAUGAAGAUAAAGCUGAUAUCCGGGGUUACUUUGCUUGGUCCCUUCUGGAUAAUUUUGAAUGGUCCUAUGGGUACAGCAUUCGAUUUGGCCUGUUUCAUGUUGACUUCAAAAAUCCUGAGUUACCACGAGCGGUUUACAAGUCUGGAAAACAAUAUGCAAAGAUUAUUUCCCACAAUGGGUUUAUUUAUACAAAGGAAUAGUGAUAAGGGUCAUUCCUGCUUUUCAAUAUGAAAUCUGUUAAAGAUUACUUUUCUUUCUCAGCUGCUCGAAACACUUUCAUGGUUGUGUCUAUGUUUACAUUUUGUAACUGAAGUCUGCUAAAAAAUGAACAUAGAUUGUAGUAUCCUUCAAGGUUAUCAGAUUUUUGCAUCAACAGCAAUAAUUUACUUUAUUUUGCUGUAUGUCUUUACUUCAUAUAUUUAUAUGUAUACUGAAA